UAGGUUUGGGACAUAGAGGGAGCUGUUUGAGAGUUGGAACGCUUAUCUUUUCCUGUUAUUGAUGGCGCACUAAAAUAGGAAGCACCUUCUUCUGUCUUUUCCUCUGCUUGUAUUUAACCGCGGCAGUAAGUCCGUAGAGGUCAUACGGGAUGCCUCUGUCUGACCGGUCGAGCUCUGACGGCGGCAGGGACUCUCGGAGUCCUAGGACCCGGAGACCCCGUUCUCGAUCCCGCAGCCGAGAGCGUACCCUGUCUCCGGACAGCUUCGGGCCCAAACUCCCGAAACCCCGCAACAAAGAAAGGGAGCGAGAGGAGCGGGAGCGUCGGUUCAAAGAGGCGAGAAACAUCCGAAGAAUUCGCAUCGGGAGUCCCAGUCGAAGCCGCUCCAGAUCCAGGUCCCGAUCCCGGGAGCGCCAAAACAACAGUGCCAACAGUAACCACAACCACUGGUCCGAGCAGCGCGACGGGAAACACGGAGGCUUCAAAGAUGACUAUUAUUACCAGCAGCAGAGGGACGAUGUUCAGAGGCAGAGACAGGAGGCUUUUAUUGCCAGGCGUCUACAGGAGCGAGAGCGGAUCGGUGAGCUUGGUUGUCCUGAAGUUUGGGGAUAUUCUCCAAGAGUAAAAGAACCAGAUUCUGAUGAAUUCACACCAGUUGAAGAAGAAGAGAAAAACAGCAGCUCAGAAUCAAGCUCAGAAGAGGAAAAGAAGAAGAAAAAGAAGAAGAAGAAAAAGUCAAAGAAAAGAAAGACCAAGAAACACUCAGAAGACAGCGAGUUGGAAUCAGACUCAGAAGAAGAAGUAAAGAAGAAGAAAAAGAAGAAGAAAAGUAAGAAGUCAAAGAAGUCCAAGAAGAAGAAGACGAAGAAGAGCCGGAAAGAGUCCAGUGACUCCAACAGCGAAGAGUCAGAAGAAGAGGAAGACGAAACUGGCGGGCUGAUGUGGGUGGAGAAAACUGGCAUUGAUGAAAACAUCGUUGGUCCAGAGGCUCCACUCACUCACAUGUCGCAGGAUGACAGACCGCUGGAUUUUGGUCAUGCACUGCUGCCGGGUGAAGGUGCUGCCAUGGCAGAGUACGUGAAAGCGGGCAAACGUAUCCCGAGAAGAGGAGAAAUCGGUCUCACCAGCGAUGAGAUCGCAGACUUCGAGAAGUCUGGUUACGUCAUGAGCGGCAGCAGACAUCGCCGUAUGGAAGCUGUGCGUCUGAGAAAGGAAAACCAGAUCUACAGCGCGGAUGAGAAGCGAGCUCUGGCCUCCUUCAACCAGGAGGAGAGGAGGAAGAGGGAGAGCAAGAUCCUGUCGAGCUUCAGAGAGAUGGUGUACAGAAAAACCAAAGGCAAGGAGGAGAAAUGACUGUUGCAUAGUUUCCCUCAGGUUUCCUCCUGCUGGAAGGAUUUACUUUGCCUGGUGACUUCAAGUGUAUUAUUUUAUUUCUGAGAGUACUACUAAAUUCAGUUUUCCUUCUUUGAGGAUGAAUUGUGUCUGAAACGUCUUUCAGUAGGUUUUAUUUCUUCUAAUCCAGAUGAGCAGACCUCUUAAUCUUCAUAACUCUGUCUAGGCCGUGAAGUUUCACCCAUAAAAAUAAAAAUGUUGUCUAAGAUUCAUGAGAAUUAAAAGAAGAAUCUUAUUGUAGAUUUUACUCCUGACUUAUGUAAAUGUUUCGGCUUGUUUAGUGUCAGUCUAACAGAGAUAACUGGACACCACAUGUUCAACUUCAACUGUUCCCUUGUUUGUACGCGCUGAAAUUCAACAAAAGACAUAAUCAGUGCUGUAGUGAUGUGAACAUAAAGUAAAUGUCUGUUUUUAAAAACAAUGUUACCUUAAAAGUUUUUUUUCUAUUUCAAAAUGAUUUAAUGCUAAUUCCUACAGUAGAAGCCACAUUUAAAGAUCUAAUUAGGACAGAAAUCUAAAGCAAGACACGUAAACCUCAAACUGCAUCUCUUCAUUAAAAAAAUGAACCUUAAAAGAC